AUGGUAACUGUCAAAGCUGUCAUCUCUCUAGUUGUAGCCAAAUAUUGGAACAGUCAUCAAAUAGAUGUUAUAAUGCUUUCUACAGGAUACUUGUUGAAUCCACCUGUGUUAGGGGCACCAGUGCUUGGGAAGCCAUUGAUACUCUACAUUAUGGCACAAGAACGCUCACUUGGGGCACUACUUGCUCAAGAGAAUGAUGAAGGAAAGGAACAAGCCUUGUACUACCUCAGUCGAACUCUGAUAGGAGCUGAGUUGAACUACACGCGUGUUGAGAAAAUAUGCUUAGCGUUACUUUAUGCAAUAAAGAAACUAAGGCAUUAUUUUGAAGCAUACACCAUCAAACUCAUCUCUCGAGAAGAUCCUGUGAAGUUCGUGAUGACUCGACCUGUUCUUUAUGGACGCCUAGCAAGAUGGUCCAUAUUGUUUAACCAAUAUGAGAUCACAUACACACCUCAAAAGGUUGUGAAAGGACAAGCACUCGCCGAUUUUCUAGUCGAUCACCAUCUUCCGACGGAAUGGGAGAUUUCUGAUGAGCUUCCAGAUGAAGACGUUUUGUUCGUUGAAGAAUUUCCACCAUGGACAAUGUUCUUUGAUGGAUCCUCAUGUCGGGAUGGUGCAGGGGUAGGUGCUGUGUUGGUCUCUCCAGAUAGACAAAUCUUGCCAUUCUUCUUUGUUUUAGGUGAAACAUGCUCCAACAAUGCUACAGAGUACCAAGCUUUGUUCAUCGAUCUUGAAAUGGCAUUAGACAUGAAAAUUCUACAGUUGGAGAUAUACGACGACUCUAAGUUGAUCAUCAACCAACUUUUGGGGAUUUACGAUGUAAAGAAGGAAGAUCUUUUGCCAUACCACCAAUAUGCUUAUUGUUUACUCGAAAGAUUCGGCCAAGUGUUCUUAAACCACGUCCCAAGAGAAGAAAAGCGCAUGGCUGAUGCUUUGGCUAACUUGGCCACGACGAUGGCACUUGGAGAGAAUGAGUCAACAAAGGUCUAUUCUUGCGAUGUCUGGACAAAGAAGAAGCCCACCAAGCGAUGGAAGAAGCACAUUAUGGCUCAUAUGGAGCACACAAAUCUGGUCUUAAGCUCCAUUUUUGCAUCAAGAGGAUGGGCUACUACUGGCCGACGAUGGUGA